AACAGCGGGGGAGACGUGGAGAGGUCUCGUUAUUUGUAGAGGACCUUCUCCUCCGUCUGUCUGUUCCUUUACUCUCCCCAGUUAAGUAAAAACAAGACCAAACAUGGGGCUUACGGGUCUCUGUUCAACGGUGCUCUUGGCCUUCUUGCUCGCUCUUGUCGGCGUUUGCUCCGCGCGCUCGGACGCUCCCCGCGGUGUCGCGUUCGGGUUCGUUUUUGACCCCAAAGCGAAGUGCGAACCGCCGUGCGAACACGCAGGAAUCUGCAUCCGCAACAGCACAUGUUUCUGCUCCAAGGGUUAUGAAGGCGAGACCUGCCAGUAUGCAAACUGUUAUCCCAAAUGUAAGAAUGGAGGAGAGUGUCUUCGCCCUGGAAAAUGCAGAUGUCCUUCAGGAUAUAGAGGAAAAUACUGCCACAAAGUGACGUGUAAUGGGGGAUGUUGGAACGGAGGGGAAUGCAUCGCUGUCAACGGAGUGGCCAAAUGCAUCUGCCCCUCAAGCUGGACCGGCUCAAAAUGCCAAGAGGCGAUCUGUCCCCAAGGCUGUAGGAACGGGGGAAUCUGUGUGGCUCCAGGAAUCUGCAGCUGUUCGGAGGGAUGGCUGGGGGGCGCCUGUCACACUGCUGUGUGCACCAAGCCCUGUCUGAAUGGAGGGAAGUGUAUUUCUCCAAACAAAUGCCGCUGUCGCCCCCCUUUCUCUGGCCCUCACUGCGAAGAGAGGAAAAAGUCCCACUAAUGUGACCCUGCUGGGGUUAAAGGUGGACCAAUAAGAGACUUCAUUGCUGAUGAGGACAUUACAUUCUUUUAGCUGAAGCAUUGUCCUUUUAUAGCUUUUUUUUUUUUUUUACUAUAUGUACUGUAAUUCUUUUUUUAAGAAACAUCCAACCUGUUAAAAUGUUCUCAUUUGACUGUAUAAACAUGCUACGUACUGUACUGUAAUUUGUGUCAUUAAAUGAAGACAAAAGAGUGAA